UACCUUCCGAGUAUAGAAGGGGAACGAAAGCUCAGUGACAUUGUCGAAGAAAACGAUGAUUCCACAGCAAUGGACACCGCCGUGUAAUAAUCAGUGCACUCUCAAAUACGCUGCUCUUACACAGAUCCCUUGGAGAGUAUUUUGCAAAAAAGGGUGCAACUCUGAUGGCGAGGAAUGGGAGGAAUGCUUGACAGAGUGUAAUGAGAUCUGUUACAAGGACCCGGUUUUAAAGGACCAGCAGUGGAGUGCUUACAUUGAUCGUUCACCUGGGGCUGCCAGCUACUCAGAGGAAUGCUUUCAUGCUUGUGUAGCUGGCUGUGGUUACAAGUUUGAUGUUCCUUCAGAGAAAGUCAACAAAGUUCAUCCAAACAGGCCACCAAAGCCUCCCCCUGUACAGAAACCACCCCCACCUAUGGCUGAAGCCAGUCCACUCCCUGAAUCCAGGCAAAAUAGUGAAGACAUACCCAGCACUUCUGCAUAGAGAGAGAAUGUUGAUCGAACCAAAUCAAUUUUGUUCCCAAAUAGUUUGCGACAAACUUCUAACAGUAGCAUUCCUCCUCGGAUAGUACCAUUUUAGUCCCGUUUUCGUGGCCAACAAAUGCAAUAUAACCUCCAUGACUUUUGUCCCACUCCAGGUUACUUGAAGUAAAGGUGGCAGCCUAGCAUUUGGUUUUUUUAUGGCAUGCCUUGGACCUUUUUGUUGUUCUUUACAUAGGUGAUGGUUUUGCUGAAGGAAACUUUUAUAUUCUUCUACUUCAAUACCAAUCUAUACAGGGAAUUUGUAGAUAUACACUCAAUGGUAGCUGAACUUAGCGAGCAUGGUUUAGCCAUGUAUUUGCAUUUAAUGUUUUUAUUUUUUGGGUUGGAUAAAGUUCGGUUCUCGUCCACUCGGAAGGCUUGAGCUCAUCAUAGAGGGAAUGAGUCCGUUAGGCAACAUUCCACUACCAACGAGCAGCAAACUUGCACUGCAUUGCCCUCUUCACUGCUCAUUUUGUA